UCCCCCAUAGAGAUACCCUUUUCAUCACUAUCGAUAUCAUGGACUUACUGAUUCAAAAAAGUUGGUGGAUACUAGAAGUUUUGUAAAUAUCAUAUGUACAUGGACACUUCAAGGCUUUGAGCAUGACAAGAGGUGACAAGACUAUAUUAUUUUAUCAAAUAACUAACGAAAAUAAGUAAAGAAAGUGAUAAAAGUUUUAUCAGGUAAAUAAUAAAUGGGAAGAAUGUUUAGGACAUAAAGAGUUAUCUUGUAGCAAAUGUUUUUAUAUAACUUUUAAUAUGAUGAAGCAUAAUCUCCUUUAAAAUUGCCUGAGACAAUUAUUAUUAUUAUUAUUGAGAUAUUCAAUGUAGUUUUUCAGCAGCUUGUGAACCCUUGUUCUUAUUUCUCUUGUUAGUUUUUCAUUCAUUUGAAUCCAAGAACCAAUAAUUGGUAAGUUUCUAUCAUUUCUUGAACAGUUUUGCAGGAAAUUAAAAGGUUGAACCUUGGAGAAAUCGUAUUGAUUCGUCCACCAGUGAUGUUGCAUUUUUAACAAUGAGAGGCCCCAAUUCCAUGGACGGCUUGGAAGGCGCUGAUGUUUUAUUGUUUAUUUGCAAUCUUAUGUGUGUGUAUGUGUUUUAGGAAACUAAAAAAAAUUGUAUUCGGUAAUACUUUCUAGUACUUGACGUGGUUGUCAUCGUUAUUGUUCUCAUUGUGUCCGAGUAACGGUUGUUGCUCGGAGGGUCAUUUUGUGCAUAAAGAGCUACUUUUAAAAAACUGGCAGUUGUGUAUAGAGCCAUAGCUGUCGGUAGAGAUUAUCACUGCCUCAAUCACAGCUAUAUACAUUGGUGUAUAAAGCAAUGGGGGAUGGAUUGACUGUACAUGGAAUUCAGAUUUUGUAUCUCAUCAUAUUGGCUCUUGUUCUCGACACUCUUGGGCAUUGCUCUCUUAACACCGAAGGACUUGCAUUGUUGAAAUUUCAAGAAAGAGUGGAUUAUGAUCCCUAUGGGGUUUUCUUGAACUGGAAUACUGAGGACUGUGAUCCAUGCAUGUGGCUUGGAGUUCGUUGUUUUGAUGGGAUUUCAAAGGAUAUGCUUUGGAAGGAACGCUUGCACCCGAACUAGGAAAUCUUUCCCACUUGAAGGCACUUGUGCUCUCCAAGAACCGUUUCUCUGGGGUCAUUCCUCCAGAAAUUGGACGACUCAAAAUGCUUGAGGUGCUUGAUAUGAGGUAUAACAGUUUGAAUGGAACGAUUCCGGCAGAAAUUGGAGGAUUGCAUUUACUGAGAAGCUUGUGAGACAUUCAGUUGUUACUAUGGAAUUCUCAUGCAGCAGAGGAAAAAACUCAUUUGAGCUUCUGAACACCAUUUUCAAUUUUCCUCAGGUUGCUUUGUAAUAAUACCUUCCAUGGAAGCAUUCCUUUGGAGAUUUGGAAGCUUAGGUUCCUGACCGAAUUGCAGUUCGACACAAACCUCACCCGACCUAUCUGUAUUAACAGAAAACUUGGGCACGGGUAAUUUAAGGCCUCUGUCAUCUAACCUUUGGCAACCAGCUGUUUUACAAGUUUUUGACAAGUUUCUUGAAAAACUAGAUUCUUUUGAUGAAAUUUGUGACUUUUUUUCAGGAAAAAAAUGUUUUAAAGCUUUCACUUUUUUCAUAUUUCUUGUUAGUUGAGAUCAAAUAAUCGAAAUAAUACUAUCGCGACAAGCUUUUGGUUAUGACAAAUGACAUCUUUCAGGAAGGGCUUUUUACACAGAAGUUCUGAAUAUUGCUUCGAUGUCCAUUCAAGUGAGAAGAAGCAUCACUAUAAUUGAGUUAACUCUUGCUUUAGUGCCUAAGUUGUUAAAACAUUCUUCUAUAACAAGGAUGGUGCAUGGACUCUUAGCAGGUUCACCCUGUUUUCAUGACAUGAUGCACCGAAUCUUGGGUGAACAGUCAAGUAACAUAGCCGUAGCUCCCAUUGAUGGUGGGGCACAGUUGGGCAGUAUUACUCCCCAACCAAUCACCAGAAGUAGUGGGUCAUUUCCUGCUUUGCCUGAGAAGAAGGUGAAUUCUCCACCCCAAGCACCAUUGCCUUCUCCCCAUCCAAAACAGCACGACCAAUCGAAUCAUGGUGUUCUUCCUCAACUAACCGGCGACCAAGACUCUGGAGGAUCUGAAAAAACAUGGGAGUAUAUAGUUGGAGCCAUUUCAUGUGUUGCUUUCUUGCUCAUUUUGGCUGUGGUUGUCGUUUUUAUCUGCAGAGCUAGAUCAGCAAAUACCAUUGGCCCUUGGAAAACUGGAUUGAGUGGUCAGUUGCAGAAGGCAUUCAUCACAAGUGUCCCAAAGCUGAACAGAUCUGAGUUAGAAGCAGCAUGUGAAGAUUUUAGCAACAUUAUAUGCACAGCUGAUGCUCACACUAGCUACAAGGGAACUUUGUCAAGUAAAGGAGAGAUUGCAGUUUUUUCUACUGCCAUUACGUCUCUAAAAGAUUGGUCCGAUCGAGCAGAAAUUUCCUUCAGGAAGAAGAUUGACAUUCUUUCAAGGAUUAACCACAAGAAUUUCAUUAACCUUAUUGGGUACUGUGAGGAGGAUGAACCUUUUACUAGGAUGAUGGUAUUUGAGUAUGCCCCAAACGGAACUCUUUCUGAGCAUCUGCACGAUCAAGAAUUUGAACAUCUUGACUGGAAUGUGAGAAUGAGAAUUGUCAUGGGAAUAGCAUAUUGUCUACAACACAUGCACAAUCUGAAUCCGCCGCUGUCUCAUCCCAACAUCACUUCAGAUACCAUAUUUUUGACAGAUGAUUAUGCUUCUAAGAUAGGAGAGGUUGGGUUUUGGGCAGAAUUCACUGACAAUUCGAAGUUAAAGGAUUCGGAUGAGCAUUCCGAGCUGCCACCACUCGCAGAACCAGAAGCAAAUAUAUACAGUUUUGGACUUGUGCUUUUGGAAAUAAUCUCAGGAAAGCUACCUUACUCAGAGGAGCAAGGCUCUCUUCUUAAAUGGGCCACACCUCACUUGAAUGACAAGAAGAUGGAGGAAUUGAUUGACCCAACGCUGGAGUCCUACAAGGAUAACGAGCUAUCCGUUGUUUGUGAGGUAAUCCAAGAAUGCACUGAAAAAGAGGCGAGGAAAAGGCCGACAAUGAACGAAGUCGUUUCAAAACUCAGGGAAGCCAUUGAUGUCUCGCCAGCUGCAGCGGGGCCCCGAUUCUCUCCGCUUUGGUGGGCAGAACUGGACAUCUAGUCUUCAGAUGCGCCAUAAUAACCUGCUGAUGUGUACAACUAUGUGAGCUUAAGGAAGGAUUGGCUCCACAUAAUGCUUAUGUAUGUGAUUGUAAAUAUACAUUUAUGAAUGUUGCCGACACAAAAUUAAGCUCACAACCAGCCAAGGUAAAACAAUGAGAGUUAUGGAACCACACGAUGGCAAAGUCAUCAUAGCCCUUUACACUUAAAAAGUUAAAUCAAGACUCUACACUUGG